UUGCCUUGAGGGCUUUCUUUGGAGGGCCCCUGAUGUGCCAAGGUAGUCCUUAGUCCACACUUGUUUGUAGAUAAGAGUGUAAGUAUCAGCUGUGAAAGAAAGCUGUUGGCUACUGGAUGCUUGCACAGUUUAAGCUAUUCAGGGUCCACGAUGUGCUGAUGGUCUCAGUCAGGCUUCAGAAUGGGAGCCUGGAUAAUUUAUGUGCGAAAAAUCCAAGCUGACCGUAAAAUGUCAUGGCUAAAUGAGCUGGAGGUUAGGUGACAAGUGUUACUCUGAUACUGGUUGGGACACACACAUAUACAUGUACGUGUACAAAUACCUGUGUAUGCGUGUGCUUCUGUUUCUAUAGAUGUAUUUAUACACACACGGGUUUUUAGAGGUGUGUUAAUAAAAGCAUUUUUAACUACAGACUUCUGCAUUUUAGUAUCUUUGCCAAUGUGGAAAGUUUAUAGGGAGAGUCAGCCAAAACGUGAUGGCAAAAUUUGGGGAUUUCCUACUCUGCUUCCUGAGGUUAGUUUGCUUAUCUCCUAAAAAGACUAAGUGUAAAUGCCUGAGUGGAUCGCCCUGUGAGUCUGGCAGUGACGUUUCACUUUCUGGGUAAGACUGGGUGGUAGUUCCUUGAACUGGAAAGCAGGGAGUUGGUCUUAGCAGUUGGUCAUGUGCAGAUCAGUUAACAACUGGUCUUGGAAAUGCCACACUGUCACUUAAACCAGUCUUCCCAGCGCAGUGGUUUAUGAGGAAGCACGCAGUUGCUGAUCCUGAGGACACGCCACGUAACGUGUGACUGAGCAGGAUUUUGGGAGCAGGCAGCACUGGCGUGGGCUCACGGUGAGGAGAGCAGCAGGAGGAACUGGAAGCUCUGCUCUUCUGUUAUCAGGCCAGCUCCAGCGUGUCCCCGGUUCUUAUCAGCCCUGGCAGAGCCGGUUUCUGACGCGCUGAGCCUCCACACGUCCUGCUGUAGGGUGCUGUUGGGGCUGGCCCCGUUGCCUCCUGCUUGCACUUAAAGAGGGGCUGCGAAGCACCUUGUGACAUAUGGGAGCAAGGCAGGGCAGUGCUGAUAGACACCGUGAAGAGAGGGGAUGCUAGACCUCAUCAUCCUCAGCCUCCACUACUUCAUCUGCUUUCUCAUCUCUGUUGCAAUCUGGUGUGGACCAAAGGAUGUGGAUCGGCACAGCUCAAGUGCAGGAGGAGCUGAGGCGGAGCCAGAUGGCCUUGUAUUCAUUGGCAAGGAAGAGGACAUAAAGAAGUCCCAAAGAAUAACAGCCAAAGUCGAUGGCAGAGAAAUUGUUGUUUUCUACCAUGAGGGGAAAUUCCAUGCUCUGGACUCUCGCUGCUACCAUGAAGGAGGCCCUUUAUGUCAAGGAGAAAUAGAGGAUAUCGAUGGACAAGCAUGUAUUGUUUGUCCUUGGCAUAAGUUUAAAAUUACCUUGGAAACAGGAGAAGGAUUGUAUGAAGGAAUAAAUCCUCUGGAGCCAUCACUAACACCAAAGUGGCAAUCAAAAGGAGUCAAACAAAGGAUUCAUAAGGUCACAAUAGACAAUGGAAACGUUUAUGUGAAUCCUCCAGAUCUGUCUGUGAGCUUCGACUCUGAUUAUUAUGCUGACAAGUACAAAAUUGGUGGUGAAUUAGCUAUGGGAAAACAAAGUCACUCAGAAGCCGCGGAGUAGGUCACAGCCAAAAAGCAGAAUCCCGGGGAAUGCACCAAUGAAGAACAUUUGUUGGGAAAAAAAAAUGUACUGUGCCAUGAAGGUUGUCUCCAAAUUAUAUUCCAGCGUUAAUGUUAUGUUAAAGCAUCAAAAUACGUGGAAAUGAGAAAGAUAAGCAGCCCUGCAUUGCCAGAAAUGUGACUGAUCUUGUGCUGAGGACAUUUUUUUCACUUGCAUUUCAAAAAAGACUUAAUUACAGCAGAGUGCCUCAUAAUAUUUGAUAUUUUGCUAGAACUAUUUUAAAUUUUAAGAGGGGAUAUUGUAUAUUACAGUUUAUAAAACUUACUAUAUAAUUUAAGGUAGAUAGUCAGGUGGAAAGGUUAUCUUUAUAUGCUUAACAGUUUAUACUUCUAAUGCCUUUGGUAAAAAUUGCGUGGGAAUUUUUAACUUUUGAAGUACUUGUGUGAUCUCUAGGUGUUUAUUAAGUGCCACAAAGGGAAGCACAGAAUUUCAGCAUAUUUUGGUGCACUCCUUUGUGCCUAUUUGUGCGUUGCUACCUUGAGUACAUAGAGCCAUUUAUUUUCCUUCUCCUCACUGAACUCUUGUUAGUUCAUUGAAUAAUGUGGCAAGGAUUUGUUAUGUAUAGCUUGUUCUUCCUGAUUCUGUUGGUUAGAGGGAGCUGUUUGGUGUCAUAUGUGAUGUAGUAGCCCUUGUUUGUUUUAUUUUUUUAUUUAUUGUAACCACAUUUUUAUACAUUCAUUUGAAAAAAAAUCAUGCUUUCUGUGUAGAGGCAAAAGUUGUGUUUUUCUCUGUGUGUUCACUGUACAAUAUCAGACCUGCCCCAAAAACCCCUUCCAAAGAAGUUUCUCUCUGAGCUCUGCUGCCCUCCGGGACAUGGUGGGCUCUUCUGUUAAGCCUGUGGAGCAUCACGGAAUCAUUGAGGCUGGGAAACACCUCUAAGACCAUCAAGUGCAAUGGUUAAAUCAGCCCUGCCAAGCCCACCACUAAACCAUGUUCCCAAAUGCCACACACAUCCCUUAAAUACACCAUCCUGCAUUGCUGCAA